AUUUUGCAUUUCUCCCCAUCGCGGACCAGUACGGUAUGGACACACUAUGGUACUUUGCCUAUGGCUCCAAUCUCAGUGUCGAAAAAUUUACUCACAGCAGAGGAAUUGUCCCUCUAGCAGCCGUGGUGGCACAUAUUCCAGGCUGGCAGAUUUCAAUGAGCAUACCAGGGUUGCCCUACAGCGAACCAGCCUUUGCUUCCAUCGAAGCAAUGAACGCCACCAGCCUAAAGGAAAAGCAACCAGACGUCCAAGGGGUGGCAUACCAAAUCACUCGCGCGCAAUAUGCCAAGAUCAUUGCUUCAGAAGGGGGUGACAUCGCCUAUGCCCAAGCCAGGCUUCUAGCUCAAGUAUUAAACGAAGCCGACGAAGAUGCUGUGGGCGGCAAAACUUUUCAUGUCUUGACAUUGACCAACGCGAUGUUCAAAGCAUUCCCUGGAAGACCAAGUUUCCGAUACAUGGACCUCGUAUUAUCUGGCGCCAAAACGGUCGCGAUUACACCACGAUAUCUUCAUCACCUCCAAACAAUUCCAACAUACAUCCAAGGGACAUCCGCACGUAGGAAAACGGGUGCUUUUCUUUUUCUGCUUAUUUGGUCACCUGUAAUGCAGCUAAUAGAAAUUACUGUUCAAUAUACGGUGGAUCUCGAGCGAGGUGGGGUGGUUCCCAGUUGGGUAAAGACGUUUGUGCGGUUUCUCGUGAGCUUCAUGUGGUACAGUCACGAGUUUCACGCGUUUUUUUGGGGUCGUGGCGACGGAUUGGAUGAACACUCAGACUUGGAACUGAUGGAUUUACAAUCCAAUGUUUGCCACUCUUCAGAUUCGAGGCGCAUGCCGUGGGGCGGCUGA